AUGAAGGUUAAUAUUAAGAAUUGGAAAGGAGUGGCUACUUGGAAGUGGGUUGCUAAUGAUGAUAAUUGCGGAAUUUGUCGAAUGCCCUUCGAUGGUUGUUGUCCGGAUUGUAAGCUUCCUGGAGACGAUUGCCCCUUAGUAUGGGGACAAUGUUCACAUUGUUUUCACAUGCACUGUAUUGUUAAAUGGUUACAAUCACAGCCUGUUAAUCAACAAUGUCCAAUGUGUAGACAAGAAUGGAAAUUUAAUAAUAAAUAAACUACAACUCAAGUUUUAUAUACUUGUAAUUAUUUUUUUUAUAAUUUAAAUACUUUUGAAAUAGAUAAAUUUUUAUUCAGAA